ACACUUGUCAAUGAUCAAACGGUAAUGAUAAAUCAUUUUACAUACCUUUUUUUUAAUAAAACUAAUUUUUCCCAGCUCACAUCGGGUUAUUAAAUUAGAAUUAUUACUCACUGAACACACAGUAUUAUUAUUAAACAUGUUUUGUGACUAAUAAAAUUGUAAUCAUGUGUAUUUAUUAUAAAUGACCUUGCAGACAUAAUAUUAAAUUCUGCUCAUGGAUGGUUAUUUGCCAUUUAGUGCCUCAGACUCUUGUAACAGAGUAGAAUUUUGUUCCCAUUUGUGUCUCCCUCUGUCAAAGCCUGGCUGAGGAAGCACAGCGGAUCUAAAUGCUUUAGUGAAUAAAACAAAAGCGAGAAUCCAACAUGAAGAGUAAACGUAACAGAUAUGCACAAACAAAACCACACCAAAAAAAAUUAACAAACUAAAGAGAUGGAUAUAUUUCCCGAGAGAACUAAUGAUGAAAAUAAGGUAUUAAGCAAGUUCAUUUCUAGAAAAAAUAGGCUCCAGGAUAGCCAACAAUGGUGUCCUAUCUCUUUUUGUUUCAGUUUAAUUUUCAAGAAACAAAAAGAGAAUGUGACACUCUUGUUGGCCCUCCUAAACUGAAGAAUCCUUAAGCAACUGCCUACAGUUUUCCUAUAAAUGUCCUUGCUUAAAACUUAUUUGAUGUUUUUCUCGUUACUCACAACUCAGCACCAUUUCUCAUAACGGAUAGAAACUAUUACAGAUGAAAAAUGAAGUCAGUGAGACGAUCACAACUAUUUAAGGCAUUACUGGUUCCAUCGAGUUUGCUCAUCGUCCUGCUUCAUCUGGGUGUUCAAAGCACUGAGAGGGAUGUGAACCCUGGUGCCCUUGCUAAUAUCUUCAAGUAUUUUGCUGACAAUGUCCAGCCAAAAACCACAAUGCAAAAAGAUGCUCAAUAUGCAAUAGCAAUCUCUGUUCUACGUGCUCACUGUACAGACGUAGAUGCUGAUAUCCAGAAUGUGUUCAGUAAUAAAGAUGCAAAACAUGUCAGAGAUGAGCUCAAUAAAGGACAGAAAUGUUUACUCUGCACAGACUCACGCAACGUCAUUGCUGCAAGGCCAAAUCUUACCACAAAUGAACAUUCUGAGCAUGUUCUGCUCUAUCCUUUAGGUGAAUCUCCCAUGGACAAACUUCUAGAGCAGGCAGAUCAGAGUAGCUGUGUAGUUUUCUAUUCUUACAACUCUCCUUGUGUGAAAACAUGCAUGCAUGGGGAAGACAAUAUUUUUAAUGGUCUUUUAAACUGGAUAAACACAAGAAAAAAAGGAAUGAAUGCAUUUGUCUUUGAAGAGAUCUGGCAGAAGGACAGAAAGAAGAAUCUGGCAGAAGAAUUUCUAAAGAUUAAUGCGGUAGUGCCUCUUUAUCGGUGUAAGAGAACCAGUGAUGAAAUGGAAUGUUGGAAAUGUGUGGAAAAUAAAAAUGUGAAUACUAACUGUCUGCUUGAAAAUAAAUAAGUAAUUUUUUUUAUUUUCUAGAAAAUGCUUAUGUCAGUGAUCAAAGGGUGGCAUUUUAACAAAUCUUUCUUUAAACGCCCAGCACACAAUGGGCUAUAAAAUAAAAAAAUAUUCAAGAAUGAUAUCUGAUGUAUCAUUCUUGAGCAUCUGUUCUGUGCCUAAUUAAAUUAAUGAUGUAUCCCUUGUGGAACCACCAUAAUAUUCACUGUAAAAUGUACGUAAACUUUGGAAACAA